AUGACAGUCACUGAUCCUAUUCUGAUUAAACGUAAAAGAGGGAGACCAAAAGGCUCUUUAUCUGAUGGAGAGGACGAAGAGGAAUUUUUUAAGACUUUCGGUAAUAAAUUAUCAAAAUCCGAAGCUGACACAAAACGCGGCACACCAAAUGAGUCGGACAAAAUCAAAUUUGAAAAGGCAAAGAGCAAAUCAGCGCCAUUGACACCUGCAUCUAUCACUGAAAUCCCAAAAAUUACACAAAUUGCAUUUAAUCAUUAUUUGAUCGACACCUGGUAUGUUGCGCCAUAUCCCGAAGAAUACAGCCAAAAUCCAACUCUCUACAUAUGUGAGUUCUGUAUGAAAUACAUGAAAAGCCAGUAUAUAUCAGAUCGACAUCAACUUAAAUGUAAAGCACAGUAUCCUCCUGGUGAUGAAAUCUACAGAGAUGGUAACAUUUCAAUAUUCGAAGUCGAUGGCAGAAAAAACAAAAUUUACUGUCAAAAUUUAUGUUUAUUGGCAAAAAUGUUUCUGGACCACAAAACUCUUUAUUACGACGUGGAACCAUUUUUAUUCUAUAUUAUGACUGAAGUAGAUGAUCGUGGAUGUCACUUUGUAGGAUAUUUUUCAAAGGAAAAACGUUCUGCUAUGAAUUACAACGUAUCAUGUAUUUUGACAAUGCCGAUAUAUCAAAGAAAGGGCUAUGGCCAAUUCUUAAUAGAUUUCAGUUAUUUAUUGUCCAAAAAGGAAAGCAAAACUGGCUCACCCGAAAGACCAUUAUCAGAUCUGGGUUUACUUAGUUAUCGAAGCUAUUGGAAAAAUGUCUUAUACCGUGAACUAGAGAAUCAAGAAAGUCCUAUUAGUAUAGAAGCUAAACGGAUUGUAGAAUUAAGCAAUAGGACAAGUUUGACUCCAGACGACAUUAUCUCCACAUUACAAACAAACAACAUGAUCAAAUACGAUAAAGUGACCGCACAAUACUCAUUGAUUUUGGACGUUAAAACUAUCAAAGCGCAUCUCAGUAAUAUUGAAAAAAAGAACUAUUCGCGUGUAGAUCCUGACAAGUUGACUUGGACUCCAUUUGUACUUUCAAGAGAUCGUCUAGCGGUGUUAUUAGGUCAAACAAAAUCUACCAUUAAAAACAUCGACGAGUCAACAGAUGUUGAUGUAGUUUAA